CGUUCACGUAAUAGAAUAUUUAAAAAUAGAUAAAAUGGAAGAAGAUAUUGGAUUAAAUUAAUGUUCAAAGAUAGAUAAACCAUUGUCAUGGACACAUCUAAUUAUCUCAUGGUAGCUGCUCUGGAUUUUGGAACAACUUACAGCGGCUAUGCCUUUUCGAUGAGACAUGAAUUUAAGGAAGAUCCAUUGAAAAUUCACGCCAACCCUGUUUGGAAUUCAGGCUGUCGUCAGUUUAUGUCAAUAAAGACCCCGACAUGUCUGCUUCUUGAUAAAAACAAGGAGUUUGUAUCUUUUGGUUACGAUGCAGAGAAUCAGUAUGCAGAAGCUCUACUGGAUGGCGAAAAAGAUGAUUUUUACUUUUUCCAUCGUUUUAAAAUGAAUCUUCACAACAACAAGAAUAUAACUGGUGACAUGAUUUUGGAAGAUGUGACAGGAAAAAUUCUUCCUGCUUUUGAUAUAUUCAAGUUAUCUAUCGAAGCCUUAGUUAGCCAUCUUACACAGACCUUGCAGAAACGUGGAACUGGUGUAAAAAAUGACGAAGUGCGAUGGGUUUUGACAGUUCCAGCAAUAUGGACAGAUACAGCUAAACAAUUCAUGAGAACAAGUGCCGAGGAGGCGGGAAUACCAGCUGAUAGUUUGAUUCUUGCACUGGAACCCGAGACAGCAUCCAUCUAUUGCCAGUAUUUACCGGUUGAAAAGCUUCAUGCUGAACAGACGUUUGCAAUGACAAAGCAAGGAACAGAAUAUAUGGUUGUUGAUCUUGGAGGUGGUACGGCAGACAUAACAGUCCACCGUAAAGCUGCGAACGGUCAACUAAUAGAAAAACAUCGCGCCACAGGAAAUGAUUGCGGAGGGACAUCUGUAGAUAAAAAAUUCUUCAAAAUGUUUGACGAAAUUGUUGGUGAUCAAAUGAUGAGGUCAUUAAAAGAGGAAGACCCGCUUGCAUACAUGGACAUUGAGAGAGAAUUCGAAGCUAUAAAGAGAACAGUUGUAACUGACAAAAAAGGGAAAGUGAAUAUGACGAUCCCCGUUGUCGCUCUUAAUAAAAAAUGUCAAUUAUUCCACAAGAAAGAUUUCGAAGAGUUAGUGAAAAUGUCUAAAUAUGCAAACGAGAUUAAACUUCUUGGUGAUAAAAUGCGAGUAAACGCCGAUACAAUGAGAAGUGUAUUCAGGCCAUCCAUUGACAAAAUUUUAUCAUUGUUAAGAGAAGUCCUCAGUAACAGACAAACGAAAGGAGUUUCACAUUUUCUGAUGGUCGGUGGUUUCUCAGAAUGUCAACUUAUUCACGAUGCAGUUCAACAAGAAUUUCCAGAAAGUCGUAUUAUAAUUCCCGAAGACGCUGGAAUGUCUGUAUUGAAGGGAGCCGUGUUGUUUGGACACAGACCGGACUACAUAAAAUCAAGAGUCAUGCGAUACAGCUAUGGUAUCAAAACAAACCUACCUUUUGACGAUAGAAAGUUUGAUAAGAAGCAUUUGGUUGUCAUGGACGGCCAGCAUAGAUGCGAUGACAUUUUUUCUAUGAUCGUCUCUAAAGACGAAAGUGUCGAUGCUGGCACGACUAUCAAAAGAUCAUAUUUUACACCUUAUCAACACCAAGACAAAAUGGACUUUGUGAUGUACACUUCGGAAGAUUGUAAUCCUGCAUACGUUGACGACGAAAGCUGUUGUCUACUAGGUGAAGCCACGAUAAGAUUUUCUGACACGUGCGAGGAGCGACGUUGGGUGGAUGUUGAGUACGUAUUCGGGAAUACAGAAAUCGGAAUCACAGCCGUAGACAGAAAUUCAGGAAAACACAUCUCUGCUAAAUACAAUUUAAUCGAACAUAAACAACGCAAGUAAAGUGAAGUGUUGAUGUUUUUGAUAAAAAAUAACAUAUAUAUAUAUGAAAUACUCAAAUCUAUGGUGGGUUCCAAAUCUAUGGCAGAUUCCUAAUCUAUGGCAAAUGUGACAUCAUGCCAUUCCAAAUCUAUGGGAGAUUUUUUACAAUCCUAAUCUAUGGCAAGUUUUGUAAUUUCCAAAUCUUUGGCGGGUUUUUAUUGUGUCCAAGUCUAUGGAAAAUGAAUUGCAAAUGGAAAAUAAUGCUGUACACAUACGACCAUUAACUUGCAUUAUUUAAACAAGUGAAUUAUGUACCACAACGGAAGCAUGUCUAUAAACAUUUUUGAAAUAAACAGUAAAUACUGGUCAACAAAAAAAAAGAAGGUAAAUGAUGUAUUCAUAACAUAAAUACAGACUUCGAGAUUGAAAUGAUGUGCCUCGUAAAAAUAAACAUUUUCUAAUCUGUGCAUUUA